AGUGCAUGUUUAGCGUCAGGCAAAAAUGGCUUCUUGUUCGGUGUUUUGUGAUGUUCAUGAUCCUGGGGUUAAUGUUGACCACGACCAGAGUCUGGUACGGUUACAAACAAUCUGAAUAUGAAACAUCCUGAAUCAUACUGAGACAAGAUGCUUCGUCUGGUGUACCCUCAGAGGAGGUGGCGGAGGUGGCGAUGCCUCUCAGCUGCCCUGCCGAGGCGAAGGUGUUCAGCUGCAGGUGAACCCAAAGUACAGGAGCCAUCAACCCAGACCCGUAUGAACCCCCUCAACAUCCAGAUGCUCUCCAGGAACCUGCAUGAACAGAUUUUUCGCUCCUUAAAUGUAGAUUACUCAAGUCAGGACACAGAGAGAAGCAUCAACCAUUUGAAGAAGCAUAACCUUUGGGGAAAGGAGGCAUCAGUGUUAAGUGAUGUGGAACUGAAGUUACCAAAUUUGUAUGGCCAAAACAUUGAUGAUCACUUUUGUAAACUUGCACAAAAGCAGAGCCUGCCUUAUUUGGAGGCUGCCGGCCAGCUCCAGCAAGCACAGCUACCUGAUAUGCCCCAGACGUGGGCUUGGGAAGUGGGCUGGGUGAAGUACUUAGCGAAUGGAGAACAUACGAAGGUGGCAUUUCCAGAGGAGAAAGCUCUAGUGUUUGACGUGGAAAUCUGCAUGGCUGAGGGCCACUGUCCAACGCUGGCAGUGGCCGUUUCUCCAAACGCUUGGUACUCAUGGUGCAGUAAAAGGCUGAUUGAGGAGAGGUACAGCUGGUCCAGUCACCUAACACUAGCAGACCUAAUCCCUCUCGAGACUGCAGCCACCUCCAGCAAGCCUCCAGGCGGAGAAUGGCAGGAGAGACUUGUAGUGGGGCACAAUGUCAGCUUUGACCGGGCACAUAUUAAAGAGCAAUACCUCUUAAAGGGCUCCAAGAUGCGUUUUCUGGAUACACUGAGCCUCCACAUGGCUAUCUCUGGACUGACAGGUUUUCAGCGAACCCUCUGGAUGGCCAGCAGGUAUGGCAAGAAACAAGGACUUCAAGAAGUCAAGCAGCACAUAAAGAAGCUUAGACGCCGCCCUGAGGGCCCCAUGAUCGGAUCUUGGGACUGGGUCAAUAUAAGCAGUAUAAAUAACCUGGCUGAUGUCCAUGCUCUUUAUGUUGGUGGUGAUCCUCUGGAAAAGGAGGCCAGGAAUAUUUUUGUGAAGGGCAGCAUGAGUGACAUUAGGAGCAAUUUCCAGGAGCUGAUGCAGUAUUGUGCUAUGGAUGUACUGGCUACCUAUGAGGUGUUUAUCCGACAGUUGUCCCUCUUCAUGGAAAGGUGUCCUCAUCCAGUGACUUUUGCAGGCAUGCUGGAAAUGGGUGUUUGCUACUUGCCUGUCAAUCACAGCUGGAACCGGUAUUUAGAAGAUGCCCAGGACACGUAUGAGGAGCUUCAAAGGGAGAUGAAAAAAUCUUUGAUGAUUCUUGCAGAUGACGCCUGUCAGUUACUGCAGGACAAGAGGUACAAGGAGGACCCUUGGCUUUGGGACUUAGAGUGGGAUGUUCAGGAGUUUAAGCAGAAGAAAAUGACUCUGAGCAAGAGCAAGAAGGCAAAGCAGGAAGCCGAAAAAGCAGCAGCAGCAUCUGCGUCUCGCAACCUGGAGAAAAAUUGGGAUGAGGAUCCCGGACCUCCAGAGGAAGAGGAAGGGACGAAGGACCCCAGCAGAGAGCUGGUGGAGCGGCUAAAGGGUACAGUGAGCUGCCUGCCGAAGAGGAGACAGCACAUGCCUGCCCACCCAGGCUGGUACCGAAAGCUGUGUGUGAGAAUGUCUGAGGAGGAGGACUGGUCUCCGGGAGCCACUCUGAUCAGUUUGCAAAUGAGGGUGACACCCAAGCUGAUGGGCCUGACCUGGGACGGUUUUCCUUUGCAUUACACAGAGAAACAUGGCUGGGGCUACCUUGUUCCAGGACGCAGAGACAACCUGGAGACCAUCGAAGAUAUUGAGGGACCUAUAUGUCCUUACAGGGCGAUUGAGAACAUCUAUAAAGAAUACUGUGAACGGAAAGGGAAGGAACAGCCCCAGUGUCUGGACAGUCUGCCUUCAGAUGAUCUUAUGCUGACUGACACCAGUGUGUGGCAAACAGUGGAGGAGUUGAGCCGGCUCGAGGUCACGUCUGAAGAUGAGGCGGUGCCCCGAACAGCGCGAGCCAAAAAGAUCAAGAUUAUGGGCUCAGCUCAUGAGUGUCCCUAUCAUCAUGGCAAUGGACCUUACAAUGAUGUCAACAUCCCUGGAUGCUGGUUCUUUAAGCUACCUCAUAAGGACGGAAACGAGAAUAACGUGGGCAGCCCGUUCUCCAAAGAUUUUUUACCUAAAAUGGAGGAUGGAACCCUUCAGGCAGGCAGAGGAGGAACCAAUGCAGCUCAUGCACUGGAGAUCAACAAAAUGAUCUCAUUUUGGAGAAACGCCCACAAACGCAUCAGUUCUCAGAUGGUUGUCUGGCUACGGAGGGGUGAACUUCCUCGCACUGUUAUAAAACAUGAUGACUACAGCGAGGAGGAACAAUAUGGUGCCAUUUUACCGCAGGUUAUUACUGCUGGGACAGUUACACGCAGAGCUGUGGAGCCAACCUGGCUUACUGCCAGUAAUGCAAGGCGGGAUCGUGUAGGCAGUGAGCUGAAAGCUAUGGUGCAGGUGCCGCCUGGUUAUCACCUGGUGGGGUCAGAUGUUGACUCGCAGGAAUUGUGGAUUGCAGCUGUGCUAGGAGAUUCUCACUUUGCUGGCAUGCACGGCAGCACAGCGUUUGGAUGGAUGACCUUGCAGGGGAAAAAGAAUCAGGGCACAGACCUGCACAGCCGCACUGCAGAAGCUGUAGGCAUCAGCCGGGAGCACGCUAAAGUAUUUAACUAUGGCCGCAUCUACGGUGCUGGCCAGCCGUUUGCCGAGCGCCUACUCAUGCAGUUCAACCAUCGACUCAGCCAAACUGAGGCAGCCGACAAAGCACGGCGGAUGUAUGCUCUCACCAAAGGACUGCGCAGGUAUCACCUCUCAGAGGAGGGGGAAUGGCUAAUUAAGGAACUAGGUGUGGAUGUGAAGAGGGAUGAAGAUGGGACUGUGUCCAGAGAGGAGUUAUGGCGGAUUUCAAAACUUUUGGGCCAGAGAUCUCGGAAUAAAAAGAAGUGGGAUAUAUUUGGACGACGUGUGUGGAACGGAGGUACUGAAUCUGAGAUGUUUAACAAGCUUGAAAGCAUCGCUCACUCAAAGCAGCCAGCUACUCCUGUACUAGGUUGCAGAAUCUCCCGGGCCCUGGAGCCAGCUGUUGUCAAAGACGAGUUCAUUACCAGCAGGGUGAACUGGGUGGUGCAGAGUUCAGCAGUGGACUACCUUCACCUGAUGCUGGUGGCCAUGAAGUGGUUGAUGGAGGAGUAUGACAUAGAUGGGCGCUUCUGUAUCAGCAUUCAUGAUGAGGUGCGCUACUUGGUAAAGCGUGAGGACUGCUACAGAGCAGCACUCGCACUACAGAUCACCAACCUGCUUACCCGAUGUAUGUUUGCCUAUAAACUGGGCAUGAAUGAUCUCCCUCAGUCUGUGGCUUUCUUCAGUGCUGUAGAUAUUGACAAGUGCUUAAGGAAAGAGGUCAUUAUGGACUGCGUAACUCCAUCUAAUCCUACCGGAUUGGAGCGCAGAUUUGGACUAGCACAAGGUGAAGCCUUGGAUAUCUAUCAGAUUAUGGAGAUUACUAAAGGGUCUCUGGCCAAAGGAAGAUAGUCCUGUCUCUCCAGUUUAAAAAAGGAGAAAACACUGUAAAAGUCCACAGCUCAGUGAUGAGAAUCCAAAGGAAAAAUCCACAAUGCUGUGAUUAUUUUUUUUUUUCACUGCUUUCUUCGUUUCUUUUUGGGAGCCUCAUUCUCUUCAGAAACUUGAGUGUCAUUCUAAAAAAAAAAAAAAGAAAUGUCACUGUUAAGGAAAGUUCAGAAACAGCUGGAUGUAUCUGAAGUAAUGUUUUGUUUGAAAAUUGAGAUCAAGGCUUCUCUGGUAUGUAUGUAUUUAUAGGCGUUACCUGUAAAUGUUAAGUCAUCUAACUAAAAAUCAUGGAUGGUUCCACAUUCCUCACUUUUGAUUAUUUUGUAAUACCAACUUAAUCACCGUACCUUUCUUUUAACAAUAAGCCUAAAAAUCUGUAAAUGUAGAAGUGCAUAUGCAAACAAACCUGCUGGCUUUCAUGCUGCUGCUCUUGUAGCGCAGCCUCCAGUGUGGCAGUAUUGAUCCGAAAGUCUCGAGACGUGCUUAGCUUCAUAUAUUGCAUCAGAUUUACCUAAAGGACAUUAAAAAGCAUUUAGAGUUAUUAAACAGUUAUUAAAAAAGUGCAAUUUUUGAUAUGUGCUGCUUACAAUAACCACAUUCUGCUUUAACAGGUACUUAUUUACUAAAAAUAUGAG